CGCCAAUUUCCGAACCAUUUUCAGAUUGCUUGAAAUUGAGAUGAAAUUACCAAAAGGGCCAACGCAAGAGUUGUCUUCGCCUUCCUCUGUCUCACCAAGCCCUAGCUCUCUUCGGGCUUCGCACCAUUUCACUAUCUCUGAGGACUGUAAUUCUGCAAAUCGCCCGCCCCCGUCUCUCUCGUCAAGUUCGUGCCUUUUUUGCCACUCUCUGCUGUUUCAGAGUUUCGAUUUCGGUCUGGGUCAUUUCAGGUCAUAGUCGAAGUAGCUAGCAUUCAACCAAGGUAAUCAAUCCACCGGUUUCUCCCAAGUUAUUGGUCUUCAAGCUUUCUCUUGAAUCGAAUUGGUUCUAUUCUGCGAUUUCUAUGCCUUGCGAUUAUACGGUUGUUUAUCACAAUCACUAUCUGUAUUUAUUUAGCUGGUUGAACUGCCUACUUAUCUCCAGGAUGGAGCCUGUUGGCAAGUCCAGUGGCAUUAGAAUCGGCGACCUUCCUGCCGAUGUGAUAAAGCACAUUCUCGUGUUCUUACCCAUCAAAGAUGCAGCCAGAACUAGUGUCUUGUCAAGGAAAUGGAGGUAUCUUUGGAGAAGUAUUCAUCAACUCGUCUUUGAUGAUGAUUUCGCCCUAAUUCCUCAACAUCUGACUGAUUCUGAACUAACAGUGACCAGUAAGCAAAUCAUGUUGGACAUUUACAAAUGCCUGCUUUUUCAUGAUGGGCCAAUAACCAAGUUUGUGCUUUCCAUCCCUGCAUUAUGCUCUUGCGAUGCUGAGGUGGACCACGUCGUUCUUUACCUCUCUAGUAAAGGUGUCGAGGACCUUACUCUUGUAUUUGAAGCUUUUGACAGCGACAUAGACGAUUAUCGGAUGCAUCUUUCCCUCUUUCCUGCUCCUCGCCUGAAGUCCCUGACACUCGAGUCUUGUGAACUUACACCACCAUCUUGGGUUGUAUGCUGUGCCUGUCCUGCUAACAUUGAGAUUGUGGCUCCUUUUCUCAAAUCCUUCGAGUUUGUGGGGUCCUCCAAGGAUAUCUGCUUCAAGUGUACUCCACUUCUGUCAUUUGUCUCACUAGAUGUGCUUAAUGAUACCCACACUCUAGAGAUGGUAUCUUUUUUCGCUUCUCUCCCGGUUCUCCGCCAGUUCUGGGUUAGGUAUAACUUCCUGAAACAACCUGCUGCCGGUGAUAGAAGCGUCUACCCCACGCUUCCUGUUCUUCUUCACCUGUUAGAAAUCCUCAAUGUGAGAGGUAUUGACUUUGAUGGUUUGGGAUCAGAGCGUUUUGUUUGCUUGAUCAUGAGUUCCCCCAACUUGCGUAGGCUCACAGUUCAGGUGAACGCUAACCAACUGUAUGAUCAGCUUGCAAAUAAUGAAACUACCGGCAUACGUAGGCUAUUGGAAGUAGAGGACUGCCCGGGAUCUUCUCAUUGUCUUCGGCAUCUAAGAGAGUUCAGAAUUGAGCAUAGCCGUGGUACACGGGUUGAGCUGCACAUUGUGAGGUUCGUACUAGCCACUGCCCCACUACUUCAGAUGGUUCAUGUUACACCUGAAUGUAAAGUGCUCACCAUGAAAAUUAUAAAGUUCAUGAAGGAGGUGAUGCAUUAUACGCGUCUUUCUCAAGAAGUAAAGUUUAUCUAUGACUGGGAGGAGGAGGAGUGACACCUUUGUGAAGAUAGCCAACUUUGACGGCUGUGUUUGUGACCACCAUUAGAUUUGAUAUUUGACCUUUGAUAGAUCAUUUGGGCUUAUGUUCUACUCUUUUUAGACCGAAAUACAGAACUCAUGGGAACAAAAGCCAUAUCUCUUCUUUCAUAACAGUAGCAUGGCUAAUCCUAGGUAGCAGGCUCAAAGAUCCCCUGGUUCCAGAAGCCAUGAGUUCGAAAGAUAUUUUGAAUGUGUAAUCAGAUUUUGGACAUGGAUUACGUAGCAUCUUAGAUAAAUAAAUAAAAAAGAUUGUAGAAUUUGAAGAAUGAUUGUUCCAUCUGAUACAUGUGAGGAUAUACAAUUUUUGGAUUGUUAUUGAUGUACUAAAUUACUCCUGUGAUCCUUUCCACAUGAGCACUUGAUUUUAUUGUAACAGAGUUCAUAACUAAAUUAGAUAAAUCUUACCAUUUUGAUAAUCGGAUCAGCAACCUUUUCCAUUUGUGAAGAAACACCUGCUGGGUGCAAAACUGAUUCUAGUUCCUUCUGUCCUAGCUCAUGGGUGAGUUCUAUCAGUUGUAUGACUUCUGCAUCCUUUGAAAUACAUUUACGCUUCAUGUCACCCUCUGUAAAACUUCAAGCCUGCUUCACAAACCAGCUUAUCUGAAGGCUGAGAAACUUGCAGAGUUUCGUGAUAUUAGCAAAUGUAAACUUCACCAAGUCCAGCAGGAAUGAUGACAAUACAGAUUAUCAUUGAAU